AUGCUAAGAGCGCAGCUACCAUCGGAGUUGGGCAACACGGGUCCAGUCAUCAACAAUAGUGCGGGCAGUUUUCCCUCAGACUAUCCAACCGGAGGUGGUAACGCAGAUGCCACAGGACGGAGCAUGGCGGCCUUCCUCUCAGAAGAGGAGGACAGUGCGGACUCCUCUACGGACAGCGAUCGGGAGAGUGCGCUCACUAAUGCCUUCGCUUCUAUUCUUCCUACCGCCGCCGCUGUGGCCGUACCCUCCACUCUCUCUCCUGCCACACCAACCGCCUCAGACACAAAGUUGACUGACACUCAACGGGUGACAUUUUCACCUGAAGAGAACACCGAUCUGCAAAGACCAAGGCGGCGAUUGUACCGCAUUAUGGAUAAGAUAACUCGCUCUUCCUAUUUUCAAAAGGCAGUCGAUAGCAAAUUUGUGCAACGUGGCAUGGAAUAUGUCUCGAAUAAGGCCAUCAAUCUCCAACUGGAGGUCAGUACGCUACAUGGCACUCUGGUGUUGAAUCUUCCACCACCGCCCAGCGAUCGCCUUUGGUAUGGCUUUCGGGGCAAUCCGAACCUCCGUUUCAAACUAAAACCUAAGUUUGGCGAGACAUUGGUCACCAUUCCUCGGUUCCUUGAGAUUUUGGAGAAAAAACUUAUCCUGGAAUUUCAGAGAGUUUUCGUGCUACCCAAUAUGGACGACCUUGUCAUGCCACUACUGAUACCAGAGCCGAUUCUUAGAUGUUCACAGAACUCUGAGCUAAUGACAAGCACCGUACGCUACGAUGGUAGGUCCUUCGGUGGAUCGUCAGUUUCACAGCACGAAGGAACCAGUGAAGCUAUCGCCUUGUAG